CUGAGAAUUGUUCUCAGGGCAGAGAAAAAGGAAGAUGUUCUAGAUACCCCAUUAUCAGAAGAGCCUGCUGAUGAUGCACCUGCUGAGGAAAAGACUGCUUACAGAAAGGCUUGUGACAACAACCUUGAAAUAAGCUGCCUUAUGCUCGCUUGCAUGGAACCUAACAUACAGAUGCAGUUCGAGACAAAUCAUGAGGCACACGAUAUGAUCAUGGCGCUUCAGGACAUGUUUCAAACUUAGGCCAGGACUGAAAGGUUCAAUUUGUCCAAAGCCUUUGUCGAGAGCAAGCUGGCAGAAGGUGCUGCAGUGGGUCCGCAUGUAAUCAAGAUGGUUGGUUACACACAGAGGUUGGAGAAGCUGGGCUUCCCACUUGGCCAAGAGUUGGCCACUGAUUUCAUUCUCGCCUCUUUACCGCCAAGCUAUGGGAACUUCAUCUCGAACUACCUUAUGCAUGGGGCUGAAAAGGGCCUGACUGAACUGUGUGGCAUGCUCAAGAUAGCAGAGAGUGACAUCAAGAAGAGCACAAGCGGCGGCCAUGUGAUGACUGUCCAGAACAAGCCUGCUUUCAAGAAGAAAGGUUCUUCUUGGAAGAAGAAGGGCAAGGCUAAGGUUGCGAACCCUAAGCCAAACCUUGCACCCAAGGCUAAACCUGGACCAGCUGCAGAUAAUGAGUGCUUUCAUUGUCACGAGAAGGGACACUGGAAGAGGAAUUGCAAGCUGUACCUCGCCUCGUUGAAGAACCGUUCUUCCACCUCGGGGAAUGACAAAGAGUAGAAGCGUUGAAAGAGGAGAAGUUGACUUCCGCGUCGGCAAUAAUGCAAGAGUUGCUGCUGUGGCCGUCAGGACGAUGCAACUUCACCUACCAUCAGGAUUUAUCUUGGAACUUAGUAAUUGUUAUUUUGUUCCUAGUUU